ACUCCAUCUUCAAACUAAACGCAAUUGUUAAUUGUUAGCUGCUUUACCCCCUCCAUACUCUUUGCUUCCAACAAUGGCGAAGACUAGCUCCCAAGUCAUAACAUGCAAAGCCAUUGUAAGUUGGGGAAAGGAUGAGCCAUUGAAGGUGGAAGAGAUACAAGUAGAGCCACCGAAAUCAUCCGAAGUUCGAGUUAAAAUGCUAUAUGCCAGUGUUUGUCACACUGAUGUAUUGUUUGCCAAAGGAUUCCCAAUCCCUUCUUUUCCUCGAGUUAUGGGGCAUGAAGGUGUCGGGGUGGUGGAGAGCAUUGGAGAAGACGUGACGGAAGUAAAAGAAGGAGACCAUGUGAUUCCAGCCUAUGUUGCAGAAUGUAAAACAUGUGAGAAUUGUAUGUCUGAAAAGACCAAUUUAUGCCUAAAAUACCCCUUAAGCUACAAUGGGUUAAUGCUUGAUGGCACUUCGAGGAUGUCCAUUGGAGGCCAAACUGCAUACCAUGCAUUUUCCUGCUCUACAUGGUCUGAAUACAUGGUCAUCAAUGUCAACUUUAUUCUCAAGAUUGACGCCACCAUUCCACGUUCGGAUGCUAGCUUCCUUUCAUGUGGAUUUUCAACGGGUUAUGGGGCAGCUUGGAGGGACGCCAAGGUUGAAAAGGGCUCAACUGUGGCUGUUUUCGGUCUUGGAGCUGUUGGGUUAGGGGCCAUCAACGGAGCCAAAAGUCAAGGUGCGACUAAAGUAAUAGGUAUAGACAAGAACCCAAUGAAAGAAGCAAAGGGACGAGCUUUUGGAAUGACAGAUUUUAUAAAUCCUGAAGAAUCUGAUAAAUCUAUUGCCGAAUUAGUCAAAGAUUUAACAGGUGGAAUGGGAGUGGACUACAGCUUUGAAUGCACUGGGUUUCCACCCCUCAUCAAUGAAGCCAUUGAAGCCACAAAACUGGGAGCCGGAAAAAUCAUACAGAUCGGAGCAGGAGAAAAUUUAAGUGUGAACAUAAACUUUAUAGGCCUACUCCUUGGGAGAACCUUGAAGGGGACGAUUUUCGGAGGGCUCAAAGCCAAAUCCGACCUUCCAAUUAUAUAUGAAAAAUGUAAAAAAAGGGAAAUCCAGCUGGAUGAACUUUUGACCCAUGAAAUUCAGCUGCAAGACGCAAACAAAGCAUUUGAGUUGUUGAAGCAACCAGAUUGUGUCAAGGUUUUGAUCAAGAUUUGAUUGACAAGAGUUACAAAUCAAAUAUACUGAUAAUUACAACAUAAACACAGUGUUGACAUCCAAGAUUUACAAGUACCAAUAUCAAUUCUUUCUCUCUGUUUUUUUUUUCUUGACAAGUCUUUUCUCUUUUAUAUCUUUCGUUACAUUUCCUCGUUAAUUUUUACAUUUAAUAAAGUUGUUUACAUCUCAAAAUUGUUACUUAUAUGUACCAUGGUCGGAGUUGUUGCUUCAAUUUUUAACUUUAAAAAUGGUGAUUAGGCUCAAA